UUUAUCCUUUCCAACUUCGCGGCCACGGAAAUCCCUCCUUCGAAGAGGACGGAGUGUCAUUGAUAGCAAAAAUCCUAUCGAUCCCACAAAACGUGCUUCCGCCCCUCCAAUGAAUAACAAUCAAUCCCUCAAUCCAGCUGCAAUGAUUGGACUUUCGGAAGCGUCUACAGGCGACAUCUUUGAAUGGUACCCGCGCUAUCAAAGUUGCCAGCGAUAUUUCUUGGAUGAUGCGCAACAUAGUGUCCCCGUACAAGCGCUUUCCGCUUUCUUGAACAUUCGUCUUCCGUUCCAAUGGGAAUCCAACCCGGUUGCAAGCUCGAGCUUGUCCACCAACCAGUCUUCAACCGGCGCCAACCAAACCUCAUCAGUAUCAUCUGGACCAGCGACAAUACCCCCCUCUGUCUCGCUGAUCCCGUACAUUCGUCGCUUAGUGGCUACUGGCAUGGAUUUUCCAGGGGUGCUCCAGGGAUUCUUUGGAGACGACUGGGCUGCUGGCAUCGGUCCUCUGCACGAACAGGAGAGACGCAAUUACCUUUUUGCAGCCAAGAGCGGGGGAUGGGCCGCUGUUAAAAAGGAAUACGACAUUGCUCCGCUAGAAACCAUUCCGUUUUUACGCCCAUUGCAGGGGCCGCUAGACUCAGAGAUCGAGGCUGCAGAGCGAAGUUGGAGUGAAUGGCUGGCCAUGGAAGACUGGAUGGUCGGGCCCCGAGCGCCCGAUGUCCUUCGCGACUCGUCUUCCAACAAGUCACGAGCACAGAGCUCACGUGGCUGAGGCUUGCAGCCUCUUGAUUCAGAUUAUUCUCCCUUUCCUUUUCGCUCGCUGCUCGAUUACUUUGCAUUGAUUCCCAGGUUUAACGUCCACAAGUUGAGCAAUAUCAUACGGCUAUGGGCCAUGGUACGGAGUUUGGGGAGCCCAAGUUGGACGCAUUUCGACUCUAAUAUUUCCUUUCUUCUUCACAAGCUUGCCAUGAGAUGACGACCAUAUGAGUUCUUGAGCGUGCUAGGUUGUCGCGAGCCCACAUUAACUUAUAGUUUUAGAUACAAUUAUUGACCACGAAGCGCACUCCUUUUUUGCAAGGGGUAAACUUGGAAAUACGGGAUAUGCGACUGAGAACAAUUAGCGAACAGCAUCGACAAAUGAACUACAAAAUAUGCCUUCAAAUAUAGUAAUACUUUGGU